AUGUAUGCACCGCCCUGGACGGUAGCCAGCAAAAACCUAUUUGCCAUACAACAAGGCGAAAGAUUGUUCAAAGUCAGCAAUAAGGUCGUCGAUGUUCUCGAUACCAACACUGACUCUGAGAAGAUCCGGAGUGACUCCCGAGGCCUUCUUCUCCUCAUCAGAAAGCUGUUCGUGAGUAGUGGUCCAUGGGUUGAUGAUCAAAGACUUGGAGUCUCCAACAUUGGCCAAGUUAGAGAACAGUUUGAGGUUGUCGACAAACCGAGGACCGCUCUCCUUGAAUUGGUCGUUCGAAGGGUUGUCGACUGGCUUCACACCAAAGGAGAGCACAGCUCCGAAUCCGUUGAUGAGAUAUUUCUUUGCGUUCUCGUGGUAUUCGUGAGACUCCAAUCCCGGAUAAGAGACCCACGAAACGUGUGGAGACUUCUCAAGGUACUUGGCCAGCUUCAAGGUGUUGGAUGCGUGUCUUUCUCCUCUGAGUGCCAAAGUCUCGAGUCCUUGCAAAAGCAGGAACGAGCCAAAUGGAUUCAGAGUUGGACCAAAGUCUCUAAGCAGCUCAAUUCUCACGUGCAGGAUGUAGGCAAGGUCGCCGAGGACGUCGUUCAGAAUGAUUCCGUGGUAUCCCUCGGCAGGCUUGGAGAACUGCGGAUACUUCUCUGGCCAGUCUUUGAAGUUGAAACCGUUAUCUUUGGUCACGUCUUUGUAAACGACGACUCCUCCAAUUGUGUUUCCGUGGCCACCAAUCCAUUUGGUAGCAGAGUGGACAACAACGUCGGCUCCGAGAUCGAGCGGCUUACAGAAGUAACCUCCCGCUCCGAAAGUGUUGUCAACCACCACAGGAAUACCCUUGGAGUGUGCAAAGUCGAUGAUCUCUCUAAAGUCGGGCACAUUGUACUUUGGGUUACCAAUGGACUCCAAGUAGAUGGCCUUGGUUUUGUCGUCCACCAAGUGUCUGAAACCUUCAACAGAGUCACCCUCGGCGAAUCUGGCCUCAAUUCCCAGUCUCUUGAAAGUGACCUUGAAUUGGUUGUAGGUUCCUCCGUAGAGGAAGGAGGUGGAGACAAUAUUGUCUCCAGCAUGAGCCAAAGCUCCAAUAGCCAAGAACUGGGCAGCCUGGCCAGAAGCUGUGGCAACGGCAGCAGAACCGUUUUCCAAAGCUGCGAUUCUCUUCUCAAACACGUCUGUGGUAGGGUUCAUCAAUCUGGAGUAAAUGUACCCUGGCUCUCUGAGCCCAAAAAGAUCUGCUCCGUGCUUUGA